UAAUAAAAGGUCACUCGGUUUAUGUAAGCAGUUUCAAAAUGCUGAAAGUUUUGAAUUCGGUUAUUGCUGGACGGUCGAAGCGCUUCUCUUCCAUCGCUCCACCUUGGUGAUGAUAAGUGAGCUAGAAACAUCGUCCCAUCACCAUCCCUGCCCCUGCGCGCACCCCGCCCAUCUCCGUUCCACUUCAGCUGCGCUUCCUUCUCAUUCAGCAAACGCACUGUCCUGUGGCGAGAGAGGGGUCCUUUCCACCCCACAGCCAAACAAAAGAAGCCUAGAAAAGGAGCAAAUCUAGCAAAGACUUCUUAAAGGGCAGGAGGACCCCUGAUUUCUGCGUUUUUGUGUGAAGACAGCGGCGUUCUUGAGGAUAUUGCAGGAAGGAACACUGGGAAGCGUUUUAAUAUCCAUCUACUGGCAGUGUGUCAUGUGGAGUGUGGGUCACACAGGAGGAUGAGCUGUUUUUCACCUGUCGUUCUCCAGCAUACAGCUGAACAGGUUUGCUUGCGAGAAGACUCUCUCUGAACAAUCCUCCAACACGCGCUCAGAUGCUCACCUGGGUCUGUGUCCGGUUUUGGCUCCAGUUUUUAAAACCGUCGCCUCAGAGAUCUCACUGUCCGGGGUGAUAGAAGCGCUGGAGCGAUGCAGUCCGUGCUGUCCUCUGCUGUCGUGCUAUGCUUCCAGGUCAUGUUACUGUUCUACAGCCCAUUACAGGUGUUAGCAGUGGAAAAUGUUAACUUUGGAGUACACGUAGAGAAUCAGACAGGGGUGCGAGACGGCCUGAGCCGGAAACACCAUCGGGUUUACCAACUAUACAGUCGGACCAGCGGAAAACACAUCCAGGUGCUUGGCAAAAAAAUCACCGCCAUGGGAGAGGAUGGGGAUAAAUAUGCCCAGCUCGUGGUGGAGGCCGACACCUUUGGGAGUCAAGUGAGAAUAAGAGGAAAAGAGACAAACUACUACUUGUGCAUGAACCGUAAGGGGAAGCUUGUGGGCAAGAAAGACAGCAGCGUAAACGGAGGCUGUAUUUUCAUUGAGAUAAUGCUUGAGAAUAACUACACCGCUUGGAUGUCAGCGCGCUAUGUGGGCUGGUACAUUGGCUUCACCAAAAGGGGCCGACCACGCAGAGGUCCGAACACGUUACCCAACCAGCGAGACGUGCAUUUCAUGAAACGCUUCCCUCCAGGAGAGCAGCCCGACCUGCAGGCCUGCAGCUUUACCACGGUCAGCAAGAGGAGCAAAAGAGUCCAGCAGACCUCCACUGCUCCCCCACCACUCCAGUAAUACUACAAUCACUGACUGUUGCGCAAAGAUCACGUCUUACAGAGGAUCUAGAGACGCUCUUCCUUACAACGCAAGUAGGUUAGGCUUUAGGACCGACCUUUCGGUAGAAGUCACAGUCAGAGGACAGACAAGGUUGCUUAAACAUUGUGUAAUCAUGCAAAUAUAACCAAAGACUCCUGGGCAAGUGUCCAGUCACUAAACCCUGACAAUAAGGGGACCAAGCACUUCAGAGGCCAAAGAAUUCCCCUCUAAUGUCUAGUGCCACUAUAAAAGAGCAAAGAGCUCUAAUUGCGUUGAGCUGUAUGGCUGGAAAACUGGCAAGUGCGUGGUAUAAUAUGCAUUUUGUUGAGACUUUGUGACUUGGAUGCUUAUGACCAAAAGGGCAAUUAAAGGACCUACUUUGUGAACUCAUCAAAUUCAACUUUGGGCCUAUAACAGCCAUGAGAUUGUAAACAAGAACCAAAGUCAUUCAGAAUGUAUUUGUCAAGAAAAUCUUAUUAGACAUCCUGGUGAACAUGUAGUUUUGAUUUCACAUUUCACCAGGAGCAUCUAGAGUCUUUCAUAUUCUUCCAAUGAAAAAGUGUAAUUUAAAGGGAGUGAUAUACAACACUACCGUUCAUAUGUUUGGGGUUGGUAAGAUUUUUAAAUGUUUUUGAAAGAAGCUCCUAUACAUUUGAUCAAAAACAAAAAAAAAAAAAUACAAUUUACAGUAACUUUUCUGUU